UUUGUGUUGCUAGUAUCAUGAGAGUUAAAUCAUCAUGAUUGCUUUAAUUGGAGUCCUAAUGGCAGCUGUCAAGUGUUGUGCCAUGGGGCACACCAAUGGUUAGGUUGUUGGGAUGCAAAUAUUGCAAAACGCCUUCUCCAGUUCUCCUCCCCUCAUCCUCUCCCUCCGCCCACCACGUCGAUGGCGACUCUGUUCCUCUGUUGUUCAUCAUCGUCCCUCUCUCCUCUCCCGUCUCCGCCUACUGCUUCUUUCGGCCGCCGGAGCUGUUCCACUGGCUGUAUCGGAAUCGGAGCUUCGUCGCCUUCCACAUCCGCUUAUUGUUCUGCUUCGUCCAGCUCCAAACCGAAGGUCGUCGUCACCAGAGAGCGUGGCAAGAACUGGAAGCUGAUCGAUGCUCUGGGGAAACAAGGGAUCGGAGCCCUGGAGCUUCCUUUGAUUCAGCAUAUGGAAGGGCCUGAUUCGAACAGACUGUCCUCUCUGCUGAGAGAUGUAACCUUUGAUUGGAUCAUCAUAACGUCUCCUGAAGCGGGUUCAGUCUUUCUGGAGGCAUGGAGGAAAGCAGGAACCCCAAAUGUUAAGAUAGCUGUUGUGGGAGCUGGAACAGCAAGCAUUUUUGAACGAGUGAUCCAACCUUCAAACCGGUCACUUGACAUUGCUUUCUCACCAUCAAAAGCAACGGGUAAGGUUCUGGCAGCAGAGCUCCCUGAUUGUGGGAACGGAAGGUGCACUGUCUUGUAUCCAGCCUCUGUAAAAGCUAGCACUGAGAUUCGUGAGUGAAGUGUUACUGUCCAUUUCCUUCCCCAGCUGACUAACAAAAUUAUCCCUCCUUAUUCAACAAUCUUGCAACUUCAGAUUCCUGUAGAUCGUGUGGAUCCAACAGUUCUUAAGGAGGCACUCUCUGUUCCUGUAGUCGCAGUUGCUUCACCUUCUGCAAUUCGUGCAUGGCUCAAGCUCGUUUCUUCGGAAUCAGGGCAUUGGGACAACUCUGUAGCCUGUAUCGGUGAGACUACAGCAUCAGCUGCAAAAAGGUUGGGCUUCAAGAACGUCUACUACCCAACACAGCCUGGUCUGGAAGGGUGGGUAGUCAGUAUUUCGGAAGCAUUGAGAGUACACGAAAAGUCUCAGACGAAGCUGGAAGUGUAAUAGCUAUAGAUUGGUCGGCCCAACCUUCAGAUCCAAGAGCCAACAGACCACCAAAUGAUCGUGUCAGUGUCUGAAAUCAAACUCUCACGGCUGACUGAAUCCACAGCGACAUCCCAAAACAGGAAGGGUGCUACUAUGCAUAGCUUCCAGAAAUCAACUCCAAGGGACCAACAACACACAACAUUUUGUUGAGCAACUGAGUUUCAGACAGAGCUCCCCACCGUUGCAGACUUUAGGAAGGCAUGAUUACUUGCCAACGUAGCUCUUGCAUUUGGGCGAGGAGGGAUAGAAAGAGCUGAAUCUCUCUCGGCCUAUUCAAAUUAUGUUGGUUGUAAUUAUUUUUUUAUAAUCUUGAUUUUCCUUGUAAUUGGCUCAGAGAAAUGAGAACUCUUAUCAGAUUUAGUUUUUCAAAAGGACAAACAGCUCUGAAAUGACAAACAACAAUAGUUCUCUGUUUGGGCAUUACUACAAGUUUACAACUACUUCUUGCUCUGUUAUACGAACCCCUCUUCUGAUCUAAUAAGGAUUUCUCCUGUACUACAUUACAUAGCUAAAGCUAUAGGAUCUUGCCCCUUUGACGGGAAACUUGGAAGAUUCACAUCAAAACAAGAAGAGAAGGCUGAACAGGACUAAAUCGGUUGUAGCAGUUUUGCGAUUUUUUCAUCUGCGUCCACUUGAUGCUCAAGCUGCAAUGACUGGCGAACUGGUUCAGGAGGAUUAAGGCACAAAGCCUCAACUACAAAGCAGAGUUCAGGCGGGCUCACUCGACUAGCUCUACGUUCUCGUCGAUCAAUGGAGAGACAUGUUUUCCAAAUGGAGAAUCCAUUCACCAUUCCUUCAUUAGCUUCCCUUCUUCAUAAGAUGAUCAACCGAACUAUCUGACCCAUGUACUUGAAACACUUUGAUGUCUCUUUCAAGCAUCUGUUCUUC